AUGAAUAAAAUAAAAAACAUACCGGACUAUUCCCAAGGAAAAACUGAACUUGUGGCUUGGAUGGUUAGUAACUGUGGCGCUCAACCUCGAAUGGCUUUUGCCGAAACGCUGAAAAAAUACAUCAAGGUUGACGUGUUUGAAAGGUGUUCCGGAAAAUUUGGGCAACCGAAAGGAUGUGGAAAUCUAACUGCUUGCCUUAAAACGUUUAAGUUUUAUCUGGCAUUCGAAAACGCUUUAUGUGAAGAUUACAUCACUGAAAAAUAUUGGGGAAGGCUUGGUAAGACCCUGGUUUUUUUAACACUUACAAAAUAGUUUCCGAAAAAACAGUUGGAAAGUAAAUAGAAUACCAUUUUUUGGGUCGUUCCAACAGUGAAUUUCCGCAUACAUGCCAACUCUCCCGAAUACGGCACCGAUCUCCCGCUGUCCCGUACGGGCCACCCAGUCUCUCGGAUAAAAUUGACUUUUAAACUUUUCUGUGCUUUAGUUUGAAAUUUAGCUCAUUUUUAUAGUCAAAACUGGAAUUUGUUUUAUUCAUAGUACUCCGGUUUCUGAGGCACCUUUGCAUCAAAAACGAGAAGUCCAAAGACUACUGCAAAGCUGAUUCAGAACGUAUGUUGUUUUUUCAUAACAAUAUUUCGGCUGGCCAUACUGAGCCUUCUUCAGGUUUACAGAUGUUACCACAGGGCAACCACACAAUCUGUGCGUCUAGCCGAUUGUUCUUUUAUGGUAAAUAUACUGAAUUUAUGGCUUGCCUUACCUAUAGCGAUAUAUUGCUAGGUAUGUAUGUAAAUCAAUGAUAAAUAAACGUUGAAUUACCUUACCGGCGAUAAACUGUUGUCCUUUUGCCUCAAAAGCGAUCUUUUGAGCGAUUUUGAACGAUUAUGAGUUCGCCGUUUACUGCACAGAUUAUGUGGGCCCUCUUACUGAACUUACGUAGGAAUCACAAUAUUAUAUAGAUGGAGAUAUUAUAUAGAUGGAGAAUGUCGCAAUAAAAAUUGUUUAAAAGGCAGAGGCGGAAAUGACGUACAACACAAAAACUAGAAAGGAAAAUCAGGCUAUAUUUGUACGGACUGAAUGUUCCGGGGGGGUACCCCAUAUAAUCGCCUAUAUGUGUUGGCUCCGCCCGAAUGGGGUACCUUAUCAGGUUUCAGAUAAGGAAGGUAGGGAUUUCACUAGUUGAAGUAUGUGAAUGGGUGGGGAAAUCUGUCAUUUCAGUUGUAAAAAGGCUCAAAAGGGCUGACAGAUCAGAUACAUUUUAUCUCUGUAAAAAAGUCGACGGAACGUUCUGUUUUUUUAGUUUAUUCCCAUUUUAAGGACAAUAAAUUUACAUCUGCAAUUAAAAUGGAUGGAAAGUUUUAGACUACUAGGUAUGUGAAAGAGACACCAUUUGUCAGUAGAGGGUAUACGAAAGGGGUACCUUUCCUCUCAAAAUUCCUCUAUAAAAUGGACUGGAAGGGCUGGACCUAAGGGCGAAGCCUCCAAGUAACAAACAAAAACCUGUCAGCAAAACCUACAGACCUAAACAUGAUAUUUUUUGCCUUUUAAUAGCGUUUAGUUGUCCUUUUUGGUAUCUUAUAAUAUACUUCGAAUGCGCUCAUAGACAUGGUGGAGAUUCUAUUUUCGCGGGGGAAAAGUGCCCUAAAAUGUGUCUAAAAAUAAACUGGUCCGUAAAAACGCCGUGACAUAGGCCUAGUAUGGGAGUUACUCGCUCCGGGUUAUGGGCUCCUGAAUUGUGGCAUUUUAAAAUACUUGCUAACCUAAAAGUUUUUCUAAUUUCCUGUUUUCCUGAUUCUGUAAGUGUUUUCUUCUCUAAUUGGCAACAUUAUGACUGAAAUGAACUACUGCAUGCGGGCGAUGAUACAGGCCCUCUAACUGGGACAGAUUUCUGGGACGGUUAUUAGACGGUGACCGCUUAAUACAGGUGCACAGCAUUGGUAAAUAGCAUUUCAGCCAUGGGCGUCUACAAUUUAAAGAGGGUCUGAAGGGGGUACAUCGAUAACACUAAACACUUCAUUUUUUGGUUUUGUAACAUGAGACAGUUAAAUUUUAAGCAUUUUAACACUAAUUUUCACGUACUGCGCUCAGAAUUUAAUAUGUCUACAUUACUAUUUUUGCUGAUCAGGUUUUUACAGAUCCUACGUUCUUCGGCAUAUUCGUUUGCGGUCUUUUGCAGUCCUUUGUGGUUAAUGUUUGUAUUUUAACACUAACAGUAAAAAUUCUUUGAAAUAGUAAAUGUUCUUCAGGAAGAAGAAAAAACGUCUCCAAAAGGCCAAAAUCAUUUUGUUCAGUAUAUCAAGGAGUUUUCGGCCAUUUUACGACAAUUUAUUUCAGAUUUCCGAAGGCUACCGAAGAUUCCCGUAGACUGCCGAACAUUUUCGAAGACCAACGAACGGGUCCGACCAUUGCCGAAGAAAAUUCGAAGAAUCCUCCAAACACUUAACAGUAAACAUUAAAAACUUGACAAAUACAACAGAUUAUGGGCAAAUAACAUUUAACACUAAACCCCAUUCAGACCCUCUAAAUAUUGCACAGUUUGGUAGUUUUCAGAUCAUGAUUAGCUCUUUUUUUUCAUUCCAGGUGAUAUGAAUGUCAUCCCUGUUGUGAUGGGAGGUGCCAAUUACUCCAAGCUGGCUAUUCCGGGGUCUUAUAUCAAUGUUAUGGACUUCAAAACUGUUAAGCAACUGGCAGAGUACCUUCAGUAUCUGGACAAAAAUAACACUGCUUAUAAUGAAUACUUUAAAUGGAGACUAAAAUACAAAGUGUUUCGAAGCAACCUUGAUUUAUCAAUGUGUCAAAUAUGUAAAUGGUUUGUUUCAAAAUCUCCGCUUGAACCGAAAGUGUAUGGUGACCUUAGAACGCACUGGCUGAAGAAGGGACGAUGUAAUGAGAAAAGCCAUCUUAUCCGAAAUAUGUGGAAAGACGAAUGA